AGUUAUAACAACAUAAGAGCAUUGAGAAGCAAUUGAGAGACAAGAACUCUGAGUCUUGGCACAAUGACAGUAUCUCCUGGCUGGGUGUCUUUGAUGAUUCUCAUGCUCUUCGUUCUUGCUGGAAUCAUUAUUCCCUUGGCAUUGGUAAUGAGUCGGGAGAAGCUUAGCUGUGAUCACGGCGCCUUCUUCCAUGGAGCUGUGGCUGCUGACUCGGAGAUCUGCUCAGACAUAGGCAGGGACAUCCUGAAGCAAGGGGGCUCUCCUGUCGACAGCGCUAUUGCUGCACUGAUUUGUACCACAGUAAUACAUCCACAGAGCAUGGGCCUUGGAGGUGGUGUCAUUUUCACUAUUUAUAAUGCUUCAACAGGAGAGAAGGAGGUCAUUAAUGCUCGAGAAACUGUGCCUAGCAGGUCUCCACCAAAUCUGACAAAGCAGUGCUUCAGCCCUGGUUUUGUGAAACCAGGCGUGCAAUGGAUUGGGGUACCCGGAGAGCUAAGAGGAUACGAGGCAGCACACCGGCGGCAUGGGCGACUACCAUGGAAAUCACUCUUCGAACCAACAAUUAAGCUAGUGACAAAUGGAAUUCAGGUUUCAAGCCUUGUGAGCAAAUAUCUGGCUUUUUUUGAAAAGUUAAUAAAAAAGCACUCAAUUUGUCAGCUGUUGUGUGAGAAUGAAGAGGUGCUAAAGGAAGGACAGGCCAUAAACUUUACCCAGCUAGGACGUACUCUUCAAGUGUUGGCAGAUGAAGGAGUUGAAAGCUUCUACAAUGGAUCCAUCUCAAAGAAGCUGCUAGAGGACCUCAAUAAUGAGGGAAGCUUUUUGACCGAAGAUGACUUACAGAAUUACAAGGUACAAAUUGUAAGACCGUUGAACUUCUCUCUUGGAUCCCACACCUUGUAUUCUCCUCCUCCCCCAGCAGGAGGCGCUAUACUUAGUUUCCUUCUCAAUGUACUAGAAGGAUAUCACUUUUCCCCAAGCUCUGUACAGAGUGAACAGGAACAGAUACAGACCUACCAUUAUGUCACUGAAGCCUUUAAAUUUGCUAACGGACAAAAGUGCCAACUGGCGGAGGGUAUGGCAGCCGGCAACACAAAAGAGCUUGUAGACUCCUUGCUGUCACCGAGGUUUGCACAGAUGAUCAGAGAGAAGAUUGAUGAUUCCGGUGAUCACACCCUCAGUUUCUAUAAUGUAUCUUCUACCCAUCCAGAAACAAUGGGCACCACGCAUAUCUCUGUUAUCACCAAAGAUGGGAGUUCUGUCUCUGUCACAAGUUCCAUUAAUCAUGUAUUUGGCGCAAUGAUUUAUUCACCGAGCACAGGGAUCAUCCUUAAUAACCAGCUGGCAGAUUUCUGCAUUACUCCUCCUUCACAGCCAAUCAUGGCAGGGCAGCAGCCCCCAUCUUCCAUGACCCCAGCCAUCCUUCUGUCACAUGACAAGAAGUCUCAGUUGGUAAUAGGCGGUGCAGGUGGGGUGAGGAUCAUAAGUGCCACUACACAGGCUUUAAUAAACAAGCUGUGGUUUGGCUACAACCUUGAAAAAGCCAUUUCGUUGCCUGUUUUCCAUGUCACAGCCCGUAACCACCUAGACUUUGAGAAAGAUUUUAGCAAGGCAGUGCAGCAAGGACUGCAUGAAAGAGGACAUACAUUUGAGAACUUUUCAUUUGCCCUAAAUGUGGUUCAAGGAGUAUCCCAAGAGGAUGGAUGUUUAUUUGCAUUUUCAGAUACAAGGAAAGAAGCAAAGGCUGCUGGUUAUUAAACUAAUUGAUAUGUAAGAAUAUUUUAAGAUAGGAAGCACAAAUUCAGGUUCUAAUA